CCUUAAAAGCUGCCUUGAUGCCACUGCUGCAAUGUGACUUUGUGUCAACUGUGUGGUGGUAGCAGCUAAUAACAGCUGGAUGAUGUGGGGUGCAAAUGGAAAGCGGUACAGCCUAAUGCUGCUAUUUGUAGCCAUUGCCUCCUAUGACCUUGGGCUUGCAAAUGGGCUCCAUGAUCCUGGUAGAGGUCCUGACCAAGGCCAGAAGACCCAAAGUGUCAGCAACAGCAUUCACAACAAGCCAUCCACCAGCAGCAACUCUGGCAUCAAGGGGGUUAUCCCUCAACAGCAGCAAACACAGGUCAUCAAAGAUGAACAGCAGGAAAUCAAAGAUGAAUCGCAGUCACCAGACAAAUCCAAACGACCAGUGGGACAGCUCUACGAUGACCAGAAGCCUCAGGCUGCGUCCAAAUCUGUGCAACAGACACAGCCAUCCUUGACAACACAGGCUACAGCCUCACCAAAGCAGCAGACCAAGCAACAGGAUGGUGGUAGUAUUCCUCAACAUGGCAAAUCCAAAACACCUGUGGCACAGAUGUAUGACGACCAGAAGCCUCAGGCUGCGUCCAAAUCUGUGCAACAGACACAGCCAUCCUUGACAACACAGGCUACAGCCUCACCAAAGCAGCAGACCAAGCAACAGGAUGGUGGUAGUAUUCCUCAACAUGGCAAAUCCAAAACACCUGUGGCACAGAUGUAUGAUGACCAGAAGCCUCAGGCUGCGUCCAAAUCUGUGCAACAGACACAGCCAUCCUUGACAACCCAGGCUACAGCCCCACCAAAGCAACAGACCAAGCAACAGGAUGGUGGUAGUAUUCCUCAACAUGGCAAAUCCAAAACACCUGUGGCACAGAUGUAUAAUGACCAGAAGCCUCAGGCUGCGUCCAAAUCUGUGCAACAGACACAGCAAUCCUUGACAACACAGGCUACACCAAAGCAGCAGACCAAGUAACAGCCCCUUACAGCAGGGCAUAAGUCUAAACACCAGCAGAAGCGGCAGCUCUACUCUCUCAGCUGAAGGCUGCUGCCAUCCAGAGCUGGACUCGAUGGAGGUGUUGAAUUGGACCAGUUGGAGCAUGGGGUCAGGAUUUGGCUGAUUAGCUUCGCCAAUUAGCGAAGCACUUCCUCGUCGCAAUUCUCACAAAUUUGCUCAUUUCCGACGUCACUUCGCUCAAAGAGGGUGGAUGUGAUUGGUGGGUGCGCAAGCUUGGUGUUGGGCACACAUACUGUAUACAGGUGUGUGGUUGGGCACGUCCAUGCAUCCAAUGCCCGUCUUCCAUAUCUUUCUGGUCAAUCAUUAAUGUGGCACGUAAUUGGCUAAUUGGAGUUAACUGUCGGCGGAAACGACUCCAUCUUUGAAGCUGAAAAAUUCGUUCAGUUUUGGCUGAAUUCACUGGUGUAGCAUUUCCCAUUGAAAUGACUGGAGGCGGGACUUAUUCACUCUCUCCAGUUCUUAUACUACCUCCAUGAGUUGGAGUCACUAUGACCUUUCCAGUUUCUCUAGUACUACACAUGGAUGUGUGCUGUACAACCCUGAGGCUUCAAGAUGCUUGCCUCAUUUUGUGUAGAUCAAAAUGAAUUGUGUCUUUGGAAUUGCCGUUAAGUGGUUUUUACUCCGUGUAGAUUGUGUAGCUGGAGGUUGGCUUGUCAAAUUCUAACGUGACUUUACUUUUUUGUCUCUCCAGGUCUUUUGUCAUUGAAGCUUCAAUAAAAUGUCUCCCAUUUCA